AUGACUGAUCUUUCUGGCAAAAGCAUUCUAUACUGGGCUCCAUCUGCAAUACCUCCGUCGGCAAGGUUUACCCCUGAAGCCGAGUUGUAUGCCAUUGAAGCCCUACCUAAACCAGAAAUCCCUGGUGUCUGGGUGGUCCGUGACUUUCCAGAUGUCUUCCCUGAAGAGUUACAUGGCAUGCCACCUGAUCGAAGUGUGGACUUUGUCAUUGAGGUCGUUCCCGGAACUGCCACUGUUUCCCGGAGACCAUAUCGUAUGCCUCCGGAAGAGUUGGUUGAACUGAAGAAGCGGAAGCCAAAUUCGAAUCCUUGGCAAAGUGGUACCAGAGCUACCGUUCCUCCGGCCACCGCACCGGCGGCGCGCCCUCCCUCCCUCCCAAAACCCAUCUUCCGGCCUCUCCCGCCGCACCCUGUUCCCGGAACCAGUGCCGAGCUCCCGCAACACUCCGCCGCCGCGUAUCACCCACCCCGCAGCACCCCGCCGUGGCGCAUCACGCCAAUCCCACCCAGCCGCGACACCAACCGCCGCUCCCCGCGCCAAAAGCGCCUACCUUGCGGCUCCAGCAACCGCAGCGCGCGCCGGGCCGUCCCGCGCCACCGCGACCAUGUCGCACCGCUCCAGGUCGGGCUCCCGCACAAGCCACGACAGGCCCAGUAUCCGCUCGGCCUCAUCAACCGACGCGGAAAUCGCCGCGCUGCGCUCGCAGCAGCGGGCCGACCGCGACGCGCGCUCCGUCAGGCGCCGCCUACAGAAGCACCAAGUGGAGACAUCGGCUACCCUCGACGCGAUGCAGAACCGAUGGAAUCCAUGGCGCUGCUGCAGUCGCAGAUGACGACCAUGAUGCAGCAGAUGCAGGGAAGCCUCAACCGCAUCGUCCCCACAGAAGGUAUGACACCUAACUUCCCUCUCGCCACCGGCAAUGGCCGCACCUUUUCCACCCCUCCAACACGCACAAACUCCAUCCUUUCACCGAUCCCAGAAGACUCCACACCGAUUCCCACCCCCCACUCCGCAAAUCACCCUCCUUUUCCCCCUACCCUGGGCCAAUUCGCGCCGGACCAGCUACCACUCCCACCAUGCAUCCAGGGUGUUCGACAGAAAGACACUGCCUACUCCGGCCCGAUCACGUCGACCGCUGGACCCUCCUCAUCCUACACACACAUCACACAACACACCACUCCCACAAACCAACCACAGUUCUACCAACCUCACUCCCCACGCCAACAGCAGCAUGAUCCAAUACCACAAUGGCUGGUGCACUGGGACACAAUGACAGCAGAGGAGGCAACCUGGGAAGAUGCUUCAUUCAUACAGGAAACUUUCCCAGUUUCAGCCCUGAGGUCUGAGCUCGCGAGGGGGGUCUUGUCAGGAUCCGAACUAGCAAGGCCAGCCCUACUAGUCAUUAGGACUAAGAUAAAUUAUGUUUUCCUUAAUUAUGUAAGAGCUAGCACUGUAAUGGCACUUUUAGCUUGA